UAGGUCCUGGUCUUGGGUCGUGCUCUUGGGUGAUUUGUUUACAUUUUUAUUUACAGGGCCAAAAAAAUCCAACAAAACCACCCUAAAGACACUGAAUAAGAGGAAGUUACGGCGGAUAAAAGAGCAAGAAGUUGGAAAAUAGGCCUAAACUUCAUCCUUUGGUGUCCACGCUGCCACUCCCACCGAAAACUGAUCGUAAGUUGGCUACGUAAGAGUUAGGUAGCAAGCUUCUGCUGGUGGUCAGUACAUCUAUCUACCUGUACUCUCGCCAGGUGACACCACAGAGACCCAUGAUGUGGGGUGGAGUGAGAGCAUGCACCGCCGUCUACAGGUGGGCGGCAACAGGCAGAGCGGCAGCAGCGAUGCCGACCCUAGGCCUAAGACAGGCAAGACAUCCUCAGCAGUGCAUCCACACUGGUAGCAACCUCUUCCAGAGGAAGGUUGGGAAGCCCUCCACAAGCUCAGUCAAAGUUUUGUACGUUCCUAACCCUUUGAGGUGGCUGCACAACCGCAUGGAACUUGCUACAUUGAAGGCAAAAUGGGAUCCCUCCUUUGAUCUUCAAGCAUUCAAGUUUGGAGCAAUUCAAGCAAUCUGCACCGUCACCGACCUUAUGAGUCAGAGGGAAUGGGGGGAGCUAUGUGGCCUCCUCACCCAGAGCGCCAUUGACAAACUUCGUUCCACCAAGUGGACCUAUGAUCAGACCCACAACCUAGUCAUGUGUCCAGAUAAUGUGCAAAGUGCCGUAAUUAAAGAUGUGAGGAUGCAUACUAUUGUAGAUGAAAAGUAUUGCGACAUAGAAGUCCUCUUGAUAGGGGCAAGGGAACCUUAUAAUGUGGACAAGCACUCUCUCAUCCUAAUUGAGUACCUGGCAAGGUUCAAUCGAAAUUUUGGUGAAGGAAGGCUGCCUGACUGGACGAUUACCAUGUUCAGAUUGCACAACUUCCAGGCAGUGCCACAACGAAGUAGGACGUAGCAACAAGCUCAGGUGUCUGUUGUUGUAUAAAACCCACAGAGGAUAAUUAUGUAUGAAGUAGAAACAAAUAUAUUUUACAAACUUG